UUACAGUGGGUAGCAACAGCAAAGAUGGCGGAUGUAAACAGAAAGAAAAUGGCAAUCGACUGAAUAUAUUUGUGUACCGAAGCCACUAUGCCAAACACAAAAGCUUAACAUUUCAGUUUUGGUCUUGAGCAAGACUCUGAAUUAUGUAGACUUAACAUGCUAGACAAAUAUUCCUGAGCUUACGUUCUUACAAUUGCAGAUAUUCUGAAGAUAAUAAUUUGAUAUGAUAAGGGGAAAGGAAAAUUAAAAGUUAUAGCAUAAUGAAAAAGGCAAAGUUUGCAAACAACCAAGAGAUGAUUAAGGUGAGAAAAGAGCUUGAAAAUUUGGCAAAAGAUUCAAAAAAAGAGUACAGAAAUGCAAGUACAACAGAAAAAGAAGCUUUCCAGCAAGGCUUGGGUUUGCAAAAGAAAGUCGUCCCAGACCAGUUGUUUUCUAAAGGAAAGGAAGUUCUGGAAGUAUCUGGAAAAUACAGAAGAGGAUCUGGGAACAAGACUGUUAGCAAAGAUGUAAAGUUGAAGGAAGACAAUUUAAGAGGCACCGAGCAAUCAAGUUAUGUGCAAAAUUUGGUGGAAAAUGACACAUUUCUUGAAGAGGGUGAAAUCAGACCAUCUGUUGUUAUGAAAGGCAGAGGUGUCUUGAAGAAAGAGGAAGGGGGUAAACCUAAGCCAAAGCAAAUGAAGAAUCUCUUAGAUAUAGACAGCCUGCUUGAGGACUUUUUAUCAACAGAAGAAGAAGAAGCUAACUCUCCGAAACCAGCUAUUUUGUCACAAACAAAUACAACAAGAUCAAUUCUGUAUGAGACAAGAAAGCCAAGAGGAAAGAAAUAUGAGCCACCAAAAACUGCCCUACCUAAAAAAAGGAAGGAAAGUGCCAGUAAAAAAAAGCAGCAAGCUGGUAAAGAUGCAACCCAUCUUCAGUCACCAGCUGGACAUUUUGGAGCUCCAUCCCCCGUUAUUGAUCUUGGCAUAGAAAAGAACCUGAUGUUUGAUGAUCUUGAUGAAGAGUUUUAUGACAUUGUAAGGCAAAAGUUAAAGUUAGAUGUUGGUGGAAAGAAACCAGUCUCACCUAAGGGUGAUGAAAGUACUGAUAUCAAAGAAAGUUUAGCUGCUGAAACAGAAGCUACAGAAGAUGAAAGGGAUGAUCAUUUCAAUAGCUCUAAGGAAGUUAUUCAAAACGAAAUUGAAGAUCAAAGUUAUGAUGAAGCGAAGAAAUCGUCAGUUGUUAUAGAAGAGAGGCAAAGUGAUUUAGAGGCUGACAACUACCCGGAACAGGCUAAGGAAGAAAUUCUCGAAAAUAAAAAAGUACAACAGCCAAUAGACAACGAUGAUAUGGAAAAUGAGAUGCCCAAAGACCAGAUUAAUCCUGAUGAUGAAGAUAAAGGAUUAGAGGGACAAGAUAAUGAAUUGACUAAUGAUCUUGCGAAAUCUUAUGAAGAUUAUCAUGAAUCCAACAUGAGCUUGCAAGAAUCUCUCGACCAAGAUAUCCAGGAGACAGUUAGCAUGGAUGAAAUCCUGAAGGCACUGUCUUUGUCAACGAAAAUUACAGACGAGGAUGUAAUAAAUGUCAUGGGCGAGAAGGCGACAGCUUGCGAAAAACCCCAAAUAUUGCCUGCAAAUAGCACUGCUUUUGUAUCGAAGGACGCGUUGCAUUAUAUAUCAAAGCAAAAAAGAAAGAACAGCUUUCUCAUCUCUUGGAAGGAAUCUAAAGCCAAGCCAAAAGGAAAAUCAAAUUUUCCGCAAUCAAACAUCCACCAUUUUUGUACACAAAUACCAGAAAUUCAACUACCCAGCCAUCUGAAGCUUGUCUCCAAGCAGCAGCAUGUUCCUGACAAGUUCAGCAUCUUUAAGCCUUUCGGCAGGAAGAUUACAAGUGCCAGUGGCAAGGAAGAAACUUCCAAGGAAGAAGGUGAGAUAGCUGAAGAUAUAGAGCCAAGAAUUCUUACCAUGAUCCAAGAGAAGGAGAAACCAUCAGAAGAAGAGGCCAGGCUCACCGAUCUUGCCUCAAAAAUUCUUGACGAAGCAAUGCGACAUGUUGAAGACAAAAAUGCAGAAAAGUCAUUUAUGAAGCUGCAAAAUAUCGUAGACCAGCUUUUUGACGAGAAUGACGAAAAGAUACUUCAAGUUGAUGGUCAAAAAAUUGAAUUGAAAUAUGACGCAACGCGGUUGUACUGGACCCCUGCGCCGCCGAAGUUUGAUAUUCCCCCGGAAGCUGUGAAGCAGCAAUUGAUACCGAGAUAUCAAGCACCCAUUGACGUUAUUGAGGAGGAGAUGGAGCGAUUGGAUGAAUUGAAUGACGUCAUCCAAGAUGAAUCUAGCUCUGAAGACGAUACCGAAAUUGAGGUUACAGCUAAACAGAGGCAACGGAUUAUUGCGAGAGCACAUGGCUCUGCAUCUGUUAAAAGAACCAAGGAGAGACAAAACCUUUUGAGCAGUUUGAAUGGCGAUACUGCGAGAGGAAGCGGCGAAGUAGAGAAGCCCGAUGAUAGUCAAGAUGAAGACAGGGCCACACCCUUGCUCAACUCAGUCUCUGAAGUGCGAAGAAUGAUGGCGAAAUUGCGAGAGGAUAAACCCAAAGAAGAGGAACAAGUUGAUGACGAUAAAGUUUCAGUGGAUUUUUAUGUGGAAGUUCCAAAAAGGAGAACUGCAUCGCAACCGGCCAUUCAAAUUGAUGAUGCAAAAUUCCAGACGUUUGAAUCGGAUUUUGAUUCAUCUGUUCAAGAGCUUAAGAACCAGUCACAAAGAAUGGUUGAAAUGAAGGAUGAAAUAUUGAAACAGAGGCAAGAUGAAGAGCAGGGGAAUCCUGAAGAAGCGUUUCCUUGUAUAACGAUUAACGAACUUAAAGAGUUUGAUAAUGACGUCAACACAGUGGAUAAAGUUGACGAUUCUGCUACCGAUUCAAAUCUAACGAUUGGUACUAAAAUUGAAAGCAGCUUGGUUCCUUCAAACGAAAACUUUAACUCUUCAAGGAGAGACACUAGAUUUAGCGAAGCAUCGAAGAAGCUAUCAGUCAAAGGAACCAGGAACUUGAUCAAAAAGAAGUCUCCGAAGAUUAAGAGGCCAGACCCGGAACGAGAGAGGCAGAUACAAGAGUUCUUGCUUCAAGCGCCUCGAAAAAUUGAAAGAUCUACAUCAUUAGGAAACAUUCAAACUGUGGGAAGAGAAAGCCAAAGACAAAGAAGGCGAAGUUUACACUGUCGUCUUGACUUUGAUAAAACUAUAGGCUCAAGUUUCAAAGGAGAUGCAUCUGAUGCGUUUUAUUGGACAAAAGAGAAUUACUGGUACCCAUGGUUUGAUGAACUUUACCCUCCAAGUCUUCCUUCUGUUGACGAAGAAGAUAUUCCUGAGCAAGAGAUUGAACCUCAAACAAACAUCGAUGAAGAAAUUUUGCAACAGAUUGAGAUCAUCAAACCACCGGCAGAGUCAGAUCCAGAAAUAGAGAUUUACAAGUUGCUGAUAAACGAAAUCGAAUCUAUGACAUCACUGAUAGAUUCAACUGACGCUCCAGAAAUGUUAGCAUGUCAUCUUUGUAGAAGAGGUGCUUGCUACAGAAAAACUGGGGAUCUGAAAAAAGCAAAAGAAGACUUAGGAAGAGCAAUUGAACUUGAACCAAAGCUCCUCGAUGCCUAUUGGCACCGACAUUUCUUGUUUUUGUUACAAGGGAACACAAAAAAAGCAUUAGAGGAUUUAGACUACAUUCUAAAUCAUAACACAACUCACGUUGGAGCAUAUCUAUCAAGAGCUGAGCUCUACAAAAAGAAAGGAGAUUUCACGAUGGCAAUUUUCAACUAUUCCCAGGCCAUAAAGCUACGGCCAGGAAACGCUGACAUUUAUUACGAGAGAGCGUACAUGUUCCAGCAGCGUGGUGAUAUUCUUCUUGCGCUGGAAGAUUUCAAACAGGCGAAUUCCAUACUCCCAACCAGAACAGAGGGCAUACGUAAUAUCGGGAUCUAUCAUUUUGAAAACAGUUCUUGGACAGCAGCAAUAAACGACUUCACAGCAUUGCUGACUCAGCAACCAUACAAUGAAGAAGCGUACACUUAUCGUGGCAGAGCAUACUCAAAAUUGUCCAUGUUUGAAAAUGCCUUGAAGGACCUCUCCAUUGCAAUUCACCUUAAUCCUAACAACAUAACUGCUUUCUACUUUCGAGGCUGUCUCCUUCGCAGAUGUUCACAGAAGAAAGCCCUUCAAGAUCUAAGCACCUCAAUCUUACUGGAUGAUACUGUGGAAAAUGUUAAUGCUUAUCUUCACCGUGGGAUUUUAUAUACAGAAAUGAAAAGAUGGGAAGAGGCAAUCUCUGAUUUUGAAGUAGCCAUUCGUUUGGAUCCACGCGUCCCUGCCGCCCAUGUCAAUCUAGGCCUGAUUCAAAUGACAAAGAUGAACAACCCACAUAUGGCUAUAAGACGCUUCAAUAUUGCAGUCAGAGUCGAUCCGACAUAUGUUCGUGCCUAUAUCUGCCGCGCAGAAGCAUUCCAAAUGCUGAACAGUAGGCGAGAUGCUAUAUUCGAUUACACGAGAGCGAUUCAUUUGCGACCAGAUGUUAUAGACUACAGAAUGACAAGGGGAAAAUUGCUUAUGGAAGAGGGGCAAUUUGAACUAGCAAGCUACCAUAUCAAGCAAUGCGCAGCCAUGUCCAAGGGGAGUGGCACAUCCCCUACUCAACAAGCUGCUGUGUAUGCUUUUCUCCAGAACUACAAUCAGGCAAUAGAAAUUCUUGAAAAGACUGUGAAAAGUAAACAUGUACCACAACUUUAUAUCUUGCUUGGAAAAACAAAGAUGAAGGCUAAACUAUUGAAAGAAGCAAUCGAUUGUUUCGGAGAAGCAUUAAGGCUCAUGAAACCUUGGGACCCCAAAGCCGAAUGGCCGUUCCCUGCCGCGGAAGUUUAUUUUCUGAUUGGGAUGGCGUACACUGAUUUGGUAGACCACAACAGCGCGCUGGAUGCUUUCAAUAAUGCAUUGAAAAUCAAUCCCGAAUAUUCGGAGUGCUGUUACCAGCGAGGCCUGUCCAAAAUGAAAUUACGUCAUGCAAAGGCAGUUCAAGACUUCAACAGAGCCCUGGCCUAUAACCCCAAGUUUUUUCAGGCCUAUCUAAGUAGAGCAGAAUACUACGGCAUGAAAGGGAGGUUUGCUAAAGCUAUACUGAAUUGUAACGAGGCUAUCCGCCUGAAACCGAAAAGCAUUAGGGGAUAUCUUUACAGAGGUGCGUUAAAAUACUUUAUCAAGGCCUACAAACUGGCUGUCAAAGAUCUAUCGGUCGCCAUAGCCAUAGAUCCAAGCUGCAACUUGGCCUACUUCAAUCGUGCAGUUUGUUAUCAAGAAAUGAAACACUAUCAAAAGGCAUUGAAAGAUUAUGGCGUGGUAUUGCUUUUAGAGAAGAAAGAGAACAUGAAGGUUCUUCAAAAUCGUGGUCUUUUGUACUUGGAAAUUGGUGAUCUCCAUAAUGCGCUACAAGAUUUUUCUACGGCCUCAAGACUCGAGCCGAGAAACCCGAAAAUUCACCAUACGCUUGGUAUCUGUUACCACAGGCUUGGACUAAUCCGGGAUGCUGUAUCUUGUUUCACUGAUGCUUUGAAAACAGACCGGUUUUUCGUCGACGCUUUGCUAGGCAGAGGAAAUGCGAUUAUUGACUACGCCACAGCAGAAAGCACCACGGAAGCAAGACGGGACUUCCUUCGUGCUUUACAUUUGAACCCAAAGUGUCUGCAAGCACGUGUUAGCCUAGCCUAUACUUUACAGGUUCAAGGAAGAUUUAAAGCUGCCUGGAUCCAAUUUACGAAAUGCAUCGAACUUGAUGAAAACUUCAAAUCAGCUUACGAAGGACGAUCAAUUGUUAGUUUGCAAAUGGGGAAUACAUUUGGUGCCUUUUUGGAUAUAAAUCGCGCCCUUGAGAUAGAGACAACUGCUGAAUUUCUAACCAAUCGAGGAGUUAUUAAUCAGUUCAUGGGUGAUUCUGUGAAUGCAAUGAGAGACUACCAAUCAGCUCUGAAAAAGGACCCAUCAUAUUCUCUUGCAUAUUACAAUGCGGCCAAUUUGUAUUUCAAUCAUCGGCAAUUCCAACAGGCUCUCGAGUUCUACGAUCGAGCUAUCGGCUGGAACAGUACAGAUGAAUCAGCAAUUCUCAACAGAGCAAUUACACGGGUGAUACUGAAAAAUUUUAAUGGCGCACUAGAAGAUUUCAACCGAGCAGCUGAACUCAGUCCCUUGUCGGCACACAUCUAUUUCAAUCGAGGCAACCUCAAUGCCACUCUCAAGCGAUACAACGAGGCUGAAGAAGAUUAUACCACAGCUUUGUCAUUGCAACCUGGCGAUGCUCUUGUUUACAAACGUCGAGCAGAUGUCCGAGGAAAGCUUUCAAAGAAGAAAGAGGCCUUAUCCGAUUAUAAAAAAGCUAUACGUAUUCAGACUCAACGAAUAAAGGUAUGACCCCAUGGUGAUGUCAACAAAUAAUAAAAAGAAAGAACUUCAACACUUCUAAAGUUUAAUGCAAGAAUCAGUAGUUAUCCUUCAUGGUUUGUAUAGAAAAUAUGAAAGCUGUUUGUAAACUGUUCGAAGGCUUUUGUUCAUAAUGUUUGUGAAAAUAUUAUUCAUGUACAAAAUCUAUAAAUUUGCAUCAUUUUCAAUCUUUUUAUUAGCGUUUUAUGUUAUUCAACAUUUUUCUUUCAAAGCUAAAGUUGACAUGAAUUAACUAAGAGGUUCUCAACCUACUGCAAAUUAUUAAGACAGAUUUUAUAAAAGUGUUUACCUAUCUUCCGGUCAACGAAACAAAGAUUGAAAACCCUCCUCCGAGAAACUAUGUUAACAAAUCGGGUGUGGAAACUGAAUUUUUUAUUAAAAGUUGAUUCAUUAAGUAAAUAAGAGAUGUUCGAAAAGGCAGUUUUCAUUAUAUAUAAAGCGUUAUGUCCAUCACAUCUCCUUGAGGCAGCACUAUUUUA